AUGGCGGCGCCGGAGCUGCGCCUGCACGGCUCGAUCCGCUUCUGGGUUUUGUUGCCCGUCGCUUGGAUCGCGCUCGCCGUCGGGAUCCUGCGCCUGCGCGUGGCGGCGCUGCUGCGCGGCGAGCGCGAGCCGGGCUGGCCCGAGCAACGGCAGGACGCGCAGGUGCUGGCCCGGAGUCACCUCCUGAGGGAAAAUGGACGCUUCCUGACUCAUCAGGGCUUCCUCAUGCGCAAACAUUACUUCAACAACCCGGAAAGCGGCUUCUUCCGUAAAACGAAGCGUAAGAUGCAGCUACGGAACCCACUGACAGAUCCAACCAUGGUUAUGGAGAUGAUGAAAGGGAACAUCAUCAACGUGCUCCCCAUGAUCCUCGUUGGAGGCUGGAUCAAUUGGGCCUUCUCCGGCUUUGUGGCGACCAAGGUUCCCUUUCCCUUGACCCUGCGAUUCAAGCCCAUGCUGCAGCGCGGAAUUAACUUACUUUCCCUGGAUCCCUCUUGGGUGAGCUCUGCCUCCUGGUACUUCCUCAAUGUCUUUGGCCUGCGCCGGGUGUACACCCUCAUCCUGGGGGAAGAGACAGCUGCAGAACAGGACCAGCUGCUACUGCAAGAUCAGUUCCUGGGUCCCACUGUGCCCGCCCCACCUGACCCCAAUAAGGCCUUCAAGGCUGAGUGGGAAGCUUUAGAGCUCGUUUCUCACCACUGGGCUCUCCAGGACAUCGAAGAACAGCUGAUGGGCCGGGACCUCCAGUCGGCAGGGAGGUGUGGGCCUGACUGA